AUGGCUUUACCAUUACAUUCAACAUUAACAGUUUCAUGCGAAGAAUCCGAAGAAGAAUCAGGACCAACACUGGUUCAUAGUACAGGUGUUGCUGGUUAUAAGGUUCAACCAGAAAUUAUUCAAUUUUUACAAAACGAAUGUUCAAAUGAUAAAUUAUGCGAUCAUGAGAAAGGUCUUGAAUGUGUUCAUCCAGCUGCACAUAUGCUUGAAACAUUACAACGUGCUGGCUUUUCAGUAACAGCUUCAGCACCUGCUGGUAGUCGUAUGAUGUGGUUCUUAACAAAAACAAGUUAA